AUGAUGGCUUUGGACGGCCCAAGAGCAGCAGUGACCGUUUCAGCUCUCGAUGGACACGAAGCCGAAGCCCUCGAGCAGCGUCGACCCUCAACCCGGUUUUCUGUGCAGGAUGACCAAGAUGCGCCCAUGAAUCCAAACCAACGACCGGAAAUCUUCCGCUCAACCGUACACGAGGUCCUCUUUGUCUUUACAGCCACCAUGAGCGUGGCCAUGCCCAGCUUUUUGCAGGGAAGCACGCUGGUCAUAUCGUCCUUCAUAAAGAGAGAUCUCGACAUGACGACGGCGCAGUUGACAUGGAUGACAGCUGCCUCUUCGCUAACCGCCGGCUCCUUUCUGCUCUUCUUUGGCAAGCUAGCAGACAUGUUUGGCCGCAGGGGCAUCUUACUUUCCAGCAUCUUUCUUUUCGCCAUCCUGUCGCUCGCCACCGGCUUUUCGCCCAACGCACUGACUCUAGAUAUUCUGAACGGCCUCAUGGGUUUGACAUGUGCAUCGACUAUACCUGCUGCUCAGGGUAUGCUGGGAAGCAUAUACGACAAACCAUCCAAGAGGAAAAACUAUGCCUUUGCUUGCUUUAGCUCAGGCAACCAUCUUGGCUUUGUGUUUAGCUCUAUAUUCUCGGGGCUGGCGACGCAAUUUUUCGGGUGGGCAGCGUCCUUUUGGCUGCUAGCCAUCAUCUACCUGGUUGUCGGGAUUGUCGCCUGCUUUACGGUGCCCGUGGAUGAUAGCGACAAGCUUCCAUUGACGCUCGAGGUGCUGAAACAGUUUGACGUUGUGGGUGCGCUGUUGACCAUUGGUGGUCUUGGCCUUUUGAUAGCCGCCAUAAGCGUCGGACCGAGUGCGCCUCAGGGUUGGAAAACUCCAUACAUCAUCGUCUUCAUGAUACUAGGUGUUGUUAUGAUGGCCGGGUUUAUCUGGUGGGAGAACAGGUUCGCCUACCCGCUGAUGCCCUUGAAAAUCUGGCGAGACAGAGAAUUCUCCUUGCUCCUGGCCAUUCUGCUUCUUGGCUACCUCUCAUUCCCAGCCUUAUUUUUCUUCGCUGCCUUGUAUCUUCAGGAGCUUUUCAAAUAUUCUGCGCUCAUCACAGCUGUUUGUCUCAUCCCCUCGGCGGUGAGCGGAGUGAUAGUCAAUAUUAUUGCAGGGCGACUCUUGCAUCGCGUCUCCAACAAGCUUCUGAUGGGGAUCGGCGCGGCUGCCUUUACCAUCUCCUUUGUCUUGGCAGCGGUCCAGCGAUCUGGCGCGUCGUACUGGGCCUUUACUUUUCCGGCUCUGGCGAUUGUCGUUGUCGGGACCGACAUGGAGUUCAAUGUGGUCAACAUGUACGUCGUCUCCGCCUUGACAAAGUCGCAGCAAUCGAUUGCCAGCUCGGUCUUCCAAACGACCAUCAAGCUCUCGGUUACCAUCGGUUUAGGGAUAUGUGCAGCCAUCUUCACGAGUGUCUCCAAUAAUCCCGCAUCAACUGGUUAUUACGCACACGAUCCGUUUGAGCCCUAUGCGGCGUUGUUUUGGUUUUCAGCCGCCCUGAGCUUUGUGAGCCUCCUCCUGGUUCCCCUUUUGAAAAUCAAGACUCAGGAGAACAAUGGAUGGGAUUUUGACGACUGGGUUCAGCGUAUGAGGUACAGGAGAACAUUAUAUCUCUUGGGACAGAUACACGAGUCGAUUGCUCACGGAUUCGGCCGGGGGGAGUGUGAUGGAUAUUAA